AUAAAUCGUACGUCACUGUACCCGACCACCGAGGCGAAGUGCGCCAUUUUGGCUCAAACAAAGUCAGAAAUAUUUUAUCCCUCAGAAAGUGUUUUAAAUUGUUUUCGUGAAAUUUUACGUUAGCAAUCUACAUGACCGCGGUCCGGUUUCCUCGAGUUGACACUUGGCGUGAUAGCAUUUUUUUUCUUGUCAUUACACCACGUAACCAGUUAGCUUAAAAUAAUCAUUUAAAAGCUGAGCUUCUUUGCCAGCCAAAGCUAACUGAACGUUUUUGCCAGAUAUAGCUGUGUUUGUGUUUUGACUGCGGGCGAUGGGUGGCUGCUCCGCUCCGAACUGCUCCAACUCAACCAGCAUCGGCAAACAACUGUUCAGGUUCCCCAAAGACCCCGUACGGAAGAAGAAAUGGGUGGUGAACUGUCGACGUGACUUUGAACCAACUCCUCACUCCAGACUAUGUCAAGACCAUUUUGAGCAGAGCCAGUUUGAGGAAAUCGCUAGAUCUCCAGCUGGAGGAAAGAAACUGAAGCCUAAUGCUAUCCCUACUCUGUUUAAUGUUGGAGACCCUCCGUACCCUGCAGUCACCACCUCAUACAUCCUCAUACCGCUGAAACCUGAACCAGUGGAGAAGGAGCUGAAUUUUGGGGACCAUGGUUAUGCCAGACGGACUCCUCUGCCCGGGAUGGAGGAGGAGGAUGCAGACAGGACAGCUGAAGACCAGCAGCCCUGCACACAGUGUCAGCUACUGAAGAAACAGCUGGAGCAGGAGAUGCAGCACACUGCAAGGCUGCAGAAAGAGGCAGAAGAGAUGAAGAAGCGCCUGUAUCGACUCGACCGGAUUGAGAAAGGUCUCCAGAACUUUCUGUACGAGGACCAGAUCCGGGCCCUGUCCCUCACCAAACGUUCCCGUCGGGCCGUCUGGUCUCCAGAGACGAUCAUGAAGGCCCGAAAGAUCCGCUGUGCGGUCGGCACCAAAGGCUACGAGUACCUGAGAGAGAUCGGUUAUCCGUUACCCUCCUAUAGGACUCUGUGUAACCGACUGGAGACUAAGAUCAUGGUGACGACGGACAUGAGCUGUGAGGAGCUGGCAGAGCUCGGCCUCGGGCUCAUGGCCUCGUGUGACAGUCCCACAGGAGUUGUUGGAGACAACGAUGAGGAGGAACUGAUCAGUGUUUUGUCCUGAUCCAAGCAGUUUGCAUGAAUAACUGACUAAGGGAAAGGCUGCAGGGAGAGUUUGCCAAGUUAAACGUCUGCAGUGAUAGAAGCUUCUCAUGCUUCUUGUCUCAUCUUUGGAAGAUUUAAGCAUCAAAUGUUAUGACAGAGACGAUGAGGUCGCUGAUCUAAAAUGUCACCUGGUUGUGCUUGCAGUUUACACCGUGAGAUGUCUUUGCCUCGACUUGCAGUUUGGUUAGAUUCAUGCUCGUGGUGUUUGUUACCAUGAAGAGCUGCUAUACGAGCUCGAACAUGACAAGCAUGCGCACCAUGUAGCCUACGAUAGUGCGAACUAUAAUUUACGUGGAUGCGAUGGUGUGGACAAAUAAUUUUGUCGGUUGUUUUUAAGUUUGUCAUGGCUGAUUCAGCAAGUAUUUCACUGACUGUUUACAUGCACAAUUAAAGCUAUUUUCGAGGAUAUUCAAGUGUACUGAGAGCAGAUCCUGGGUAAAGUGUAUUCUGACUCUUCCUGAUACUUUAUGUAGACUUUAUUUUUCAGUAAAAACAUUUUAUAACUUAGUGGCACAGUGUGUGUAAAGCAAAAUUUGGGGGUAUAUGUCUGGGAUGACAUUUAACCCUCUGAACCCGAAGAAGUUUCUGAGCAGUAUUUUUUACUCUUGGUGGGCUGUUUUUAACUGCAAUAUAAAGUUCUGCACCUCUGGAAACAGUGUCACAGUAUACCAAAGUUAUGAUUCUAUCAGUCAUAAAAAUAGAAUUUUUUUUUUUUUACUAUUUAUUUUACAACUUCAAAAAAACUUGGCAUCUAUGUGCAACAUUUUUCUCAGUGUCCACACCUGUCGCUAAUGCUACAAACAAAACUGAAGGCUGUACAUGCUGAAGAUAUUUUACUACUUAUAUAUAUGAAGAAAAUGUCCAAACUUGUCUCCUUUCUAUUCUGUGUAAACACAGCCUGAUUUUUUUUUGAUAACUGAAUCAUUCAGUGCUUGUCAUACUUUUGCUAAGGAGCUCGGAUAUUUUGUUUUUUUGUCACAAGAUCUUGUGUGAAUUUUGAUUAAGCUUAGAUUUGGUUCAUUUCCCCGAUGGAAUCACUUUUGGCUCAAGGACUGACGGCAGGUUUCGGGGUUCAGAGGGCUAAAUGUAAUCUCUGAGUUUUAGGCUCAAAUCAGUUUCUUUGAAAUACCUCCAUUUAUAUUUAAAUGCUAUAAACAAAAUUGGAUUAUCUGUGGCUAAAUUUGGCCAUAUUUUCACAACUGAAACUUUUGCUGUUUAAAGGAGAUCCUAAAUCAGUGGAUAAUGCUGGACUCACACUACAGGAGGGUCAGACUGAUUUACCUCCACUGCACUCUUCCUUCCUCAUUAUUACCACUACUGUUAUUAUUAUUAUUAGGAUUAUUUCAUACUGGGAUCAAACCUAUUUGAUGUUUACAAGUUAAAAUUCUACAGUUUCAUUUAGCAGAACACUCGGAGCAGUGGACAAAUUGUAGCUCAUGAAGCUAAAGUUAGCUUCAUAUCUGUAGCUUCCAGUUCUCAAUGCACAAGCCCUGUCGACCUCAUCUUUCCAAACAUUUUCUCACCCAGACUUCUUUAGCUUUGGGCUUCUGCUUGGUUUAGUUUUUUUCAAUGCAAAGUAUUGUCAGUGUUACAAGUUGUUGCGCCACCAUCUCCAUUUUGUUUACUUCUGUUUCCCCAUGUGACUGCAGGAGGUAGUGCACCGCUUCUUCUGAAUUUUCAGAACUUCUGUAGUUUGAGCCCAGAAUAUACAAAAAAGAGAGAAUCCUCUACUGGUAAAUAACUGGUGUAAUGCUACGGUAAAUAAUUUGUAAGUUCUGUGUCCUUUGUUUCAGAAUGUGACCCUUUGCUCUGUCUUAAUGUGAUCAGUUUUGGCGGUGUAUUUGUAGAGACCACAAAAGGUGUGGGAAAAAAGCUCAAUAUCCAAAACACAAGCAUUGCGGGAAAAUAAAGUGAAAGAAUGACC